AGCCUGCUGAGACUUCCCUCUAGAAUCAUCCAAAAUGGAGCCUCUCACAGCCUACCCUCUGAGAUGUUCAGGGUCCAAAGCAAAGGUAUUUGCAGUUUUGCUGUCUAUGGUUCUAUGUACAGUAAUGUUAUUUCUUCUACAACUAAAAUUCCUAAAACCUAAAAUCAACAGCUUUUAUACAUUUGAAGUGAAAGAUGCAAAUGGAAGAACGGUUUCUCUGGAAAAGUUUAAAGGCAAAGUUGCACUAGUUGUAAACGUGGCUAGUGACUGCCAACUCACAGACAGAAAUUACUUAGCACUGCAGGAACUGCACAAAGAGUUUGGACCAUUCCACUUCAGCGUCUUGGCUUUUCCAUGCAAUCAGUUUGGAGAAUCGGAGCCCCGCCCAAGCAAGGAAGUAGUAUCUUUUGCAAGAAAUAACUUCGGAGUAACGUUCCCCAUCUUCCACAAGAUUAAGAUUCUAGGACCUGAAGCAGAACCUGCAUUUAGAUUUCUUGUUGAUUCGUCAAACAAGGAACCAAGAUGGAAUUUCUGGAAGUAUCUGGUCAACCCUGAAGGUCAAGUUGUGAAAUCUUGGAGGCCAGAGGAACCCAUUGAAAUCAUCAGGCCUGAGAUAGCAGCUCUGAUUAGACAAAUGAUCAUAAAAAAGAAAGAGGAUCUAUGAAAAUGCCAUUGAAUCAUUCUAAGGCAAUAGUCAGAAUACAGAAAUGUCUCCAUGAGGGUUUGAUCCCAUUUUAAAUACUCUGACAAUUAAAUGUGGCACUGAAGAAUGACUUUCCUUUUAUGUCAUCUUGUCAGUGACUGGUAAUGAAUGUCCCCACGAUAGAGAUGUUACCUAAAGCAAAAAUGAAGAGUAGCCAAAGACUCUAAAUGAAAUAUAUUAAAUACUUCAUCUGACCACACUAAAUAAUUCAGAAUACAGUCACCAAUGUGCUUCAAUAUCCUAUUGUCUGACUUGACAUUUUCUAGUAUCGUUCUUGAUGGAAAUGCCAACACACUAGACCACUGCUUGAAUUCAAGACACUGUGUGACACUUCCAGAGUAACUAAUUAUAAAUGAUUAUUUUUAUGUAAUAAAAAACAAAAUAAACAUUGAAAAUGUGAAAUAUA